AUGUCAGACUCUAAUGAUGGAGAGAUCAAAUUCGUCCUAUAUCACUACACACCAUCUAUCGUAGCUGCGAUCAUAUUCGUCGUGCUCUUCGGUCUUAGCUUCGUUGGUCAUGUCUACUACAUCUUCAAGCUUCGUGCUCGCUACUUCAUCCCUUUCACCAUCGGUGUAAUCAUGGAAUGCAUAGGAUAUGUCGGCCGUGCUCUAUCACACAGCGAUAAGGAGGCUCUCGGUCCCUUCAUCAUGCAAAGUCUUCUUCUCCUGGUUGCUCCCGCUCUCUACGCUGCCUCAAUCUACAUGGUGCUCGGUCGUGUGAUCCGCCUGCUCGAUGCCGAGGAGUACUCUGUCAUCCGCACCAAGUGGCUUACCAAGGUCUUCGUCAUCGGCGAUGUCAUCUCCUUCCUCGUACAAUCUUCUGGCGCAGGACUCCAGGCCAAGGGCGACCUAGACUCUUUCAAUCUCGGAAAGAAUAUUGUCAUUGCUGGUCUCAUCAUCCAGAUUCUUAUCUUUGGUUUCUUUGUCAUCGUGGCCAGUCUCUUCCACAUCCGCGUCAACAAGCUUCCUACCGGUGCCUCUGUCGACUCAAAUUUGCGCUGGCGCAAGCACAUGCACAAUCUCUACAUCUGCAGUGCCAUCAUCUUGAUCCGUAAUUUGAUCCGUGUGAUUGAGUAUGCCCAAGGUAACGACGGCUACAUCAUCACCCACGAGUGGAUGCUUUACAUCUUCGAUGGUGUUUUCAUGCUUCUGGUCACAAUCGCUUUCCUUGUCCUACAUCCCAGUAAACUCUUGGGCAAUGGACGCAUCCAGUCUCGACCCUUGAGCGAUCCCCAGCUCUACGCCAUGGAGAGCGGUCGUUCUCAGGUUAGAUCUCACCAUCGGCAUUCGCAGCAUAAACACAGUCAUACUCAUCCACAUUCCAGACACCCCCACAGACAUCAUCAACACCAUUCAGCAAGACCGAAAGGUCCUAGAUAUCCUCACAGAUCGUCGAAGCAUGGAUGUAGGCGAAGAUCGCGCGAACUUUGA